AUGAGAUUAUAUCCGCCGGUCAUUACAUUUGUGUCCCGAGAAUGUCUUCAGGACUACAAAUAUAAGGACAUAACUAUACCAAAGGGUACUUCAAUACAAAUGGCAGUCCAUUAUCUACACCACAACCCGGACUAUUGGCCCGAACCCGAGGUCUUCGAUGCCGAGAGGUUUAGCGCCGACCAAAAACACUUGAUUCACCCGAACUCAUGGCAACCAUUCGGAUGUGGUCCACGAAAUUGCAUUGGAUUGAGAUUUGCCUUAUUUGAAGCCAAACUCUGUUUGGCUAAACUCCUACUUAACUAUCGACUGAUUCCCGGUCCGAAGACAGAGAUGGGAAAGUUAACGACUGAAUGUAAAGUUCUGACCUCAACGCCUAAACAUGUUAUAAGAGCUAACACUCCGACGAUAAUCGCAAUUAUGGCCACUCUCUUAGCGCCGCUCUUUUGGUCGCUUCCAAACCAUUCAUUCAUUGAUGGUACUUUAGUACAAAUGGCAGUCCAUUAUCUACACCACGACCCGGACUAUUGGCCCGAACCCGAGGUCUUCGAUCCCGAGAGGUUUAGCGCCGACCGGAAGCACGAGAUUCACCCGAACUCAUGGCAAGCCUUCGGAUGUGGUCCACGAAAUUGCAUUGGAAUGAGAUUUGCCUUAUUUGAGGCCAAACUUUGUUUGGCUAAACUCCUACUUAACUAUCGACUAAUUCCCGGCCCGAAGACAGAGAUCGGAAAGUUGACGACUGAAUGCAAAGUUCUGACCUCAACGCCUAAACAUGUUGGCUAUUAUAUGGGAGCGAAACCCACUGUUUUGGUGGCCGACGCGGACUUAGCGAAGAAAAUACAGAUCAAAGAGUUUCACAACUUCACAGAUCGAUCGCAUUCUACGUUCAAGAAUGGCAUUAACGCCGAACCGGACUCUAAGGGAGCUAUCAUUAGAUUAAUUGGCAAACGUUGGAAAGAAGUGAGAAGUGUUUUGACGCCCACUUUCAGCGCAUCCAAACUCAAGACAAUGACACCCAUUAUAGACGAUGCCAUCAAUAAUUUCAUUGACAUCAUUGAAAGGAAAUGCAAAACUGGCGAAGAGUUUGAUAUUUACGAUUUGUUUCAGAAUCUGACGACUGAUGUAAUCGGAAGAACAGCUUUUGGUAUUCAAAACUCGAAGAUAUCGAGAGAAGAGAUGUCUUCAAUGAGUUACGAGACUAUGACUGCGGGAAAUGAAAACGAAAUUCAGCCAAAAGGACACAAAAGUAUCAAAAAUAAUAAGAAUGACAUUUCACUCACCGAUUCAGAAAUCAAAGCCAAUUCUGUUGUCUUCUAUGAAGCGGGAUAUGAGACGACGAGUACAGCACUCGGUUUUAUGGCUCACAUUCUCGUCAAUUAUCCCGAUAUACAGGAAAGGGUGAGAGAAGAGGUCCAACAACUAUACGAAAAUGAGGGUAAACUCGAUAUUAAUUGUGUAAAUAAGUUAGAAUUCAUGGAAUGUGUUUUUAACGAAACCAUGAGAUUAUAUCCGCCGGUCAUUACAUUUGUUGCUCGAGAAUGUCUUCAGGACUACAAAUACAAAGACAUAACUAUACCAAAAGGCACUUCAAUACAAAUGGCUGUCCAUUAUCUGCAUCACGACCCGGACUAUUGGUCCGAACCCGAGGUCUUUGAUCCCGAGAGGUUUAGCGCCGAUCGUAAACAUCAGAUUCACCCGAAUUCAUGGCAAGCCUUUGGAAGUGGUCCACGAAAUUGCAUUGGAAUGAGAUUUGCCUUAUUUGAGGCCAAACUAGCGUUGGCUAAACUUCUCCUUAACUAUCGCUUAACUGCCGGCCCGAAGACCGAGAUGGGAGUGUUGGCCACCAAUUGCAAAGUGGCCACUUUAACUCCAAAGAAUGGAGUGUUUGUCAAGGCUGUCAAAAUUUAG